UCCAGAAUUCCAUUCGCUAUUGACACCGCCUCAACAUGGACUAAAGCAGCGAGUCCCGAACCGAUGCACGACGAAACACCAGGUCGCCCCAUCCAUCCGACUUGCAUCUCCGAGCGCCCAUAGAUAGACCUCACUCAUACCCUCAAUUAUUCGAAGCGACCGACUCCCUAUACUCUAUCCUCCAAUCUACAUCUCCCCAAAAUCGCAAUGGCUCGCCGUCGCAGACCCCCUCGCGCCGGCGCCCUCACCGAACUGCCGCCUCUCAAGAUCGCCUCCCAGAUAGCCAUCCUGCAGGCACUCUACUACCUCGCCGCCCUCGUCCUCAUGCUCUUCACCACGCUGGUCGCCGGCAUGUCCUUUAACUUCGACCUGAUUCUCGGCUGGGACCGCGUGCGUGGCGACACAACCCAAGGAUGGCUCAUGGCCUUUGUCUGGCUCCUCAACGGAGGAUUCUGCAUGUCCGUCGCCAUGGUCAUCCUCGUCGCGCGCAGCAAACUCGUCCCCGACUUCGCCCUCACCAUCCACUUCCUCCACCUCCUCUUCACAUGCCUCUACACGCGCUCUCUUCCCCGCAAUUCCAUGUGGUGGCUCACCAUGGCCAUCUCCUCCGCGACCGCCGUCGGCCUGGGCAUGUGGGGAUGCCGCUACCGCGAGCUCCAGCCCGUCUUCUUCCUCGGCGGCAGGAUCCUCGGAUCU